AUGAGUUAUGAAAAGGAGCAAAAAGUACCUUUUGUUCCUAUGAGUUCAAGACAACAAAGAAUCUCGUAUAAAUUAAAACAACAUUCACCUGAGUAUGCCGCUGGUUUUCUUUCAUCAGCAACAAAUAUUUUAUUAACUUAUCCAGUUAAUAAAUUAAUUUUUCGACAACAACUUUAUUGUCUUAAUACCUUUGCUGCCUAUCAACAAUUAAAAGAUGAAGGUUUUCUUAUUCUAUAUCGUGGCAUGGCAUUACCAUUAUUACAAAAAACAUUUUCUUUAAGUAUCAUGUUUGGUGCUAAUGCACAUUAUUUACAUAUAUUACAAUCAUUUUCAAAAAAAGAUUAUUGGUUUUAUCAACCGAUUGCUUCAGCAUUAGCUGGUGGUACUGAAGCUAUUUUAACACCAUUAGAACGAAUACAAGUUUUACUUCAAACACCAAAAUAUAAUACUAGUAUUCGUAAUGGUUUACAUGCGUUUAUGUUGAUGUAUCAACAUUAUGGUAUUAUAGAAUAUUAUCGUGGUGUAACAUUGAUUUUAAUACGUAACAGUGUGUCAAAUAUGAUAUUUUUUGCAUGUCGAAAACCUAUAAAAGGUUUAUUGCCAUUAGCUUCAACAGAUUUUGAACAUUCAAUAUAUGACUUUUUAAGUGGUGGUUUAUUAGGUGCUCUUCUAUCAACAUUAACUUAUCCAAUCAAUGUUUUGAAAAAUAUUCAACAGUCAGAACUUGGUGGUCGUCAUGAUCGACCAUUACAAAUACUUCGUUCAGUUUAUGAACAAAGGGGACAUUCUAUAAAAGAAUUUUAUAUUGGAGCUAAAUGGAAUUUUAUUCGAAGUCUUGUCUCAUGGGGAAUAAUUAAUAGUACAUAUGAAUAUUAUUUAACUGCGUUUCAAAAAGUUAUUGUUGAUGAUGAUUGA